GCAUUGGCUUUCUUAGAUGGUUGUUCUAAAAGUUUUUUUUUUCUUGUCUCCCCUUUCCUUGCUGUGAGCAAUCAAAUCCAAAUGUUUCCUUCGGGGAUGGGUACUCCAAUCUCUCCAUUUUUGUCGCAAUUUGUUUGCUGAUUGAUUGAGUACUAAUGCCGGUUUAUUUUCCAAAAUUUUGGGGGUUUGAGGGGUUCAACUGAACCCCCAUACCCCAUGUUAAGUCCGGCCCUAGAGCCUCGCAACGUUGUUUUUUUUUUGUCUGGAUCGCGCAUUGAUUCAUGCAAUGUAUUGGCAGUUCUCCGGUUUGAUGAGCGCGCAUUGUAGCAUUGGCGGCAAAACGUACCACUUUUGUUAGAUCAUUUUGCGGUAUGAUGAUAAUUUGGUCGUUGUGUUAUCAAUGCGAAUUUCAGCUUGCAAUCUGUGUCGCCGAAAGCCACAAUUAAUAAAGACCGAUGCAUGUAUCUUCUCUUUGGAGGAACCAUUUACUUGGACAUAAUAAGCAAGAUCUGUAGUUUUGCUUAACAUCUUUGCAGCUCAUCUUCUUAUUGAAUUGGAAGAUCAGUGUGUAAAUUCUACAGUCCGUACGACUCCCAUACUUAUUCUUUGAUUUCCAGCUAAUAGCUUCCUGCUUCGAUUUCAUCUAAAUGACAUGAUAUAGGGAAUACCAACGUUUGCAAUUGUUUCAGUUUAAUGCAACUUUUAUGGGUUGAUUUCUUUUAGGUGCAUGUUCCAUCACAAGGAAUGAACGGGAGUCGACAAAUGGAACUUCACUACAUAAACACCGGUUUUCCAUACACCGUCACUGAGAGCUUCAUGGAUUUUUUUGAAGGUCUCACCUAUGCUCAUGCUGACUUUGCUCUCACAGAUGCCUUUCAGGAUCAGGUUAACCCGUACUGGGCUAUGAUGCAAACAAACUCGUAUAAGUAUGGAUAUUCUGGUGCAGGGAAUUAUUACAGUUAUGGACAUGCUUAUGACACGGAUGAUUACAUGCAUAGAGCUGAUGGUGGAUGCAGAAUUUGGGAUAAUACUCCACCUGUAAACAAUACGGACUCUGCCAAUGUUGUCCUGCAGAGUGGUGAAGCUCCUCAUACAACUGCAAAUUCCACUACUGAGGAAUGCAUACAACAAGUACACCAAAAUCCGGGCAGUCCUCAGGUUGUUUGGCAAGACAAUAUCGACCCUGACAAUAUGACAUAUGAGGAAUUGUUGGAUUUGGGUGAGGCAGUUGGAACCCAGAGCCGUGGUCUCUCCCAAGAACGCAUUUCAUCACUUCCUGUCACAAAGUACAAGUGUGGUUUCUUUUCAAGGAAGAAAACACGCCAUGAGAGGUGUGUGAUUUGCCAAAUGGAGUACAGGAGAGGAAAUCUGCAGAUGACACUUCCCUGCAAGCACGUAUAUCAUGCCAGCUGCGUGACAAGAUGGCUUAGCAUAAACAAGGUAUGCCCUGUUUGUUUUGCUGAAGUUCCUGGCGAGGAGCCCAAGAAGCAAUGAGUUAUGUGCCCUCCACGAAAUUAUUGCGCUCAGAAGCUCAGCUCACGGUGCCCCAAUGGACGCAAGAUUUCUGCUUGAAGGCAGCUUGUUCAACCCACUUUAGAUUUGUGUAUUAGCAUCAUAUUACCAAAUAUAGGUUAUAAUCAGAUGUAGUUGGAACUGCUACCGAGAGGUUUGCUGUAGGCUGUAGAGUUCCGACUGUGAACUAAGACCACCUGAUUGACGAAGACAUGCUCGAUCACUCGCGCUGGCGACAUGUUUUUGUCCAUUGCAAAGAGCAUGUGCUAGUUUGUGUUACUUGAAUAUGAUUAAGAUUUUGCGGACAGAAAAAAUUGAUUUAUUA